UUGACGACUGGGAUGCUGGACAAAAAGACCUAUUUCGAAGGCUCGUAAAGCAACCACAUUUUCUACCCGGCACUCAGCAGAAGCAGACUCUCGACCACCUACUCUUUGACACCCCUUCUUCAGCUUUGCCUUCUACAAGCCCCAAUAUGGCAAGUCGCAGAAGACUUGAUGAAAACUUCCAUUUGAUUACAAGAAGGAUUCCCCAGGAGAACAUCCAGGGUGCUGAUCUGCUCCAUGCCGCGCUUGCAAGUGAGGAUAAAAAGCCAAUUGGGUUAUGGGUCACCUCACCUACAGGGAAACCACAUAUUGGGUAUCUAAUCCCGCUACUGAAAUUCGCAGAUUUCUUGCGGGCCGGGGCCGAGAUCAUCGUGGUCCUUCUUGAUGUCUACUCUUUCCUUGAUAAUGUCAAGUAUCCCAUGGAACAGGUGGUCCAACGCAUGCACUACUAUCAAUUCACCGUUGAAGCUGCGCUGGAAGCUCUGGAUGUCCCGUCCACAAACAUCAAAUUCGUUGCGGAAUCCUCUUAUCAGACCAACGCCAGGUUCUUCUUCGACCAGUGCAGACUCUGCACCCUCGUGCCCCAGCAGGCUGUCAGGGAUGCCUGGGAUCGGAGCUACAACCCGGAUAUGCUGGCGCCCAUGCUGUGUCCCGGCCUGCAAACGCUGGCGGAGGAGCAUUUGGACGUUGACUUCCAGUUCGGAGGCACGGAUCAGCGCGGCAUCUUCGAGUUCGCGGAACGGUUCUUGCCCCAGCUCGGGUACAGAAACCGAGCACGCCUCAUGAACCCCAUGCUCCCGAACUUGUAUGGCGACAAGAUGUCUUCCUCCCACCCUCCACACACCAAGAUCAUGUUCCUCGACGAUGCCGAAACCGUCAACCAAAAGGUGCGGGCUGGGUACUUCUCGAACAACCCAGUUUCCAAGAACGGUGUCCUGGCGACGCUCAGGGAUGUCCUCAUCCCCUUUAGCCAGCUGCAGAUGGAGCGCUCGGCGGAGACGGCCUCCUCGGAGAACGUCAAAGGCCCUGCUGGCGGUCGUUUGAGCAUGUCCGAGCCCUUCUGGACACCGUCCGCUCCGGAGGGGACGGUCUUCACCUUCGCCUCCGGGCCAGCGGGCGAGGGAAAUCGCCACUACAGCUCCUUUGACCAGAUCAUGCAGGACCUCACGGGCCAGAAUCUCUCUGCGGAAGACAUCAUAACCGCCGUGGGUGAUGCUCUCAAUCAGAUCCUGGCCCCCGUUCGUGCCGCGUACCAGGCGAGUCCUGCAUGGCAGGCCGCGGAUCGGCAGGGUUACCCUGAGGCAUCUUGACCGCUGGGAAGGCUGAAGAUGGAAUUUCCACGAGAGGUAAUCCUCCCAGUGUUAAGUGGGAGAACCAAGGCUUUCACCAAAUG